UUAACUUAAUCAAUAUUAAAUGAUUUAAUGAGUCGUGUGAUUUUUUGUAGGCCUAACAAAAUGAUGUGAUUACACGACUAGUCAGCAGAUCGUGCUAGGCCAUGAGCAUAAAUUUUUGGAGGCACGAUUAGACCGAUGUCAAGUAUGACAACACGAAACAUCCCGUUCUUGCAUGAACCGGCAUGACUCAUAGCUAGCACAACACGACACACGACUGACAUGGAACGACCCAUCGCCAAGUCAACUGCAAAGUCUUGUAAAUCAAAAUCAAAACCAAAAGAAGCCUAAUGACAUCCUACCUUUGACUUCAUCAUACAACAAUAUAUAACCACCGUUGAUCUUCAAAAUCCACAAUCUCGGUCGUUGAAAUUUUAAUAGUUGCCAAUAAGAUUAUGAUCCUGUAGCGGACUCCACGUCGUUUGGAAUUAAAAAGUUUCCUAACAGAAAAACCUGUAAUUCUCUGCAUUUUCUCCCCUGUCUCUUCCUCUCCUCUCUCCGACCUUCUCUCUUUUCAAAAACUGUUUGAUUUCCCAAUCUAGAUUCUCCAAAAGAUUUCAUCUUUGAUUCCCAUAAAAUUGAUCAUCCAUCAAUCAUCAUUGUUUGUCUUUCAGGAUUCUGUAUUUCAUACUGUAUGCUCAAAUAUUUAUUUUCAUAUUAUUGUUUCAGAUUAUUAGUUUGAAUUUCUGGGUUCUUAUUUCUUUUUGUUUUGGUCAAUGUCAUCCCCCUUUUAUUGAAUUCGUUUAUGGGUAUGCAUUAAUGUACAAAAAACAGAUAAUUUCUUUUGAGGUUUGGCAAGAAUAUUAAGAUUUGGCUUCUUAAAUGAAAAACCCAGAACCCAAUUUGGGAUCAAAAGACAAAUUGAUGUUGUUCAUGGUCUAUAAGGUGCUAUUAGAGAAACGUUUGUAGCAGUUUGACAUGAUUCGCCCAUCUGGUCGGUUUUGGGCUAUUUUUGUGUCAUUUUGAGUGAAUUACGAAUUCAAAAAAUUGAAUUAGCUGGCGAAGUAUCUUACACUGGUUCAUAGGUUUUGAGUGAUACGGAGGGAAAAGGAAUUGGGUAAUUUAGUUUAUAGUAUGAGAUGGGAGGUAAUUGUAUUUCGAAACUUUCAAAGGUUUGGUAUUGGUGCAAGCCACAUGAAAAGAUCACUAGAGAUAGUUCAAAGGGUGGUAAUAAAAUUCAAGAUAAUCCAUCAGAUGUUCAGGUUAAGCCACCUGAAAUAGUGAAGAUUGGUAGUAAAUUAGGAAGACAAGAUAGCCGAUUAAGUAGGCAGGAAAGCCGGUUAGGGAGGCAAGAAAGUCGAUUAGGAAGGCAGGAAAGCCGGUUAGGAAGGCAGGAAAGUCGAUUAGGAAGGCAGGAAAGCCGGUUAGGGAGACCAUUGAGCAGAUUAACAAGUCAAAGGAGUCGUAGCUAUAAUGUUAAUGUAGGAGACGAGGAAACGAGCAAGAAACAGCAGCAGCCUGUGCACGAAAGGAGGGUGUCAAGUGCAGGGCUGCAAGUGCACUCGGUUUUGAGACGAAAGACAGGAAAUUUGAAGGAAUUUUACAGUUUAGGGAAAAAACUUGGACAUGGGCAGUUCGGAACUACCUUCCUUUGUAAGGAAAAAGCAACUGGAAAAGAAUACGCUUGCAAAUCGAUUGCGAAAAGGAAGCUUAUAAACAAGGAAGAUGUAGAAGAUGUGAGAAGGGAAAUUCAGAUUAUGCAUCACUUAAAGGGUCAUCCUAAUGUGAUCAAUAUUAAGGAUGCUUAUGAAGAUGGUGUGGCUGUUCAUGUUAUCAUGGAACUUUGUGCUGGAGGUGAGCUUUUCGAUAGAAUUGUCAAGAGAGGUCAUUACACUGAGAGGAAAGCAGCUAAUCUAGCCAGGAUCAUAGUUAGUGUAGUUGAAGCUUGCCAUUCUUUAGGAGUCAUGCAUCGAGAUCUUAAACCCGAGAACUUUCUUUUUGUUAAUGAGGAGGAGGAAUCACCUCUUAAAACUAUUGACUUUGGAUUAUCUAUAUUUUUUAAGCCAGGGGAUAUAUUUGAUGAUGUGGUUGGUAGUCCAUAUUAUGUAGCACCUGAGGUAUUACGCAGGCGUUACGGUCCUGAGGCUGAUGUUUGGAGUGCUGGAGUCAUCCUCUAUAUACUUCUAAGUGGAGUCCCUCCAUUUUGGGCAGAAACGGAGGAAGAAAUAUUUGAGGAGGUUCUACGUGGUGACCUGGACUUCAUAUCUGAUCCAUGGCCCAAUAUAUCAGAAGGAGCAAAAGAUUUGGUUCGCAGAAUGCUUGUCAGAGACCCAAAGAAAAGAUUAACUGCACAUGAAGUUCUAUGCCAUCCCUGGAUUAUGGCUGACGGUUUGGCUCCUGAUAAGCCUCUUGAUCAUUCAGUGAUAAGUCGAUUGACUCAGUUCUGUGCUAUGAACAAACUUAAGAAAAUGGCACUUAGAGUUAUUGCUGAGAGGCUUUCAGAAGAAGAAAUUGCUGGACUUAAAGAGAUGUUUAAAAUGAUAGACACUGAUAACAGUGGAAAUAUUACUUUUGAAGAACUCAAAAAUGGACUUAAAAGAUUUGGUGCUAACCUUGAAGAGUCUGAAAUUCAUUAUCUAAUGCAAUCUGCAGAUGUUGAUAAUAGUGGGACAAUUGACUACGGAGAGUUCAUCGCAGCAAUGCUGCACCUCCACAGAGUUGAUAAGGAAGAUCAUUUAUGUGCUGCAUUUUCCUACUUUGACAAAGAUGGAAGCGGUUACAUUACUAAAGAUGAAUUACAGCAAGCUUGUCGAGAAUUUGGCAUUGAAGAAAAUCAUGUUGAAGAGAUUAUUCAUGAAGCUGACCAAGAUCAAGAUGGUCGCAUAGAUUAUAAUGAGUUCGUUGCAAUGAUGCAAAGAGGAAACGUUGAUUUGGGUAGAAGACAGAAACCUUUAAAUGUUGCAGUCAAAGAAGCACGUCAGUGAAAACUGAUAGAAAUGAAAUAGAAGUAUGGGCGGUAUACAACGAAGCCAUUCUUUAUUGAUUCCCCUUCUACUUUCAUGGUGGACAUGAUGAUGCAUGAGGUUCAUUUGCAUACAUAAAGAAGCCAAUGCAGAAGGGACUAGAGUCUUCCAGAUAGGAGAAGCAUUUGUUACAUUCAAGCACAAUAAUCAUGGCAAAAUGCUUUAUUUAUCAAAGUCAAGUGUUGCUGAAAGGCAUAGUUUUUAAAUUUUGGAUGCGAUUGUAUGAAGAUAGAUGCGUAAAGCGAAAUUGCAAGAAACUAUUUUUUAACAUUUAAACAGGUUCGAAUGUAUAUCAUAAUAUAAUAUAUAAAAAAAGUUGGUACAUCGAC